UGAUUUUUAAAAGGCAAAAGCAGGGCAUAUGGGCUGGGCCUGGGUGGAUUCGAUGGAUGGUUAAAUGCCGCCAAUCUUAUUCAGAAAACGCAUGUUUGCUCUCUCGGCAGGAAGUUGUCUCUGGAAAGCACAAUCUGAUUGGACGGAAGCUAUUGUGCAGAGAAGAUGAACAAUUCUUCUGCAGGACCCUCUUCAAAAGUACGAGUUGGAUCAUCCCAGCCAUCGGAAGCUACAUUUAAGCGCAAGCGAGGAGUUUUCCAGAAAGAUUUGCAUCACAUGAUGUAUGGUUUUGGAGAUGAUAUCAAUCCGCUUCCAGAAACCGUGGUGCUGGUGGAGGACAUUGUUGUGGAGUAUGUAACUGAUAUGGUGCAUAAAGCUGAAGAUGUUGCGUCAAAAAGGGGAAAGCUUCUGACCGAGGAUUUUUUGUUCUUAAUUCGGAAGGACCUGCCAAAGCUUAACCGCUGUACAGAACUGUUGUCUAUGAAUGAGGAGCUGAAACAAGCAAGGAAGGCUUUUGAGGUUGAUGAAGAGAAGCUGGCUACAAUUGAGUGAUGGGGAAAAAGCAUAAGCCCUUUUUCCUUUUUCUUGGAUUUUUGCAUUGCCUGUGUAAAUAAAUUUUCUUGCACUGAUACGAGUAAAUUUUUGUAAAUUUCCGAGUUAUACACUAGAAAAUUGCUCUGGCAGUAUCUUUAUUAUUGGCCUUUUUAUAUCU